AGUGUUGAGUUAUAUCGGGUUACAGCAACUUUAUAAGCUCUUUGCUCUGUCGGUCAUUUGAAGAAUUAUUAUUGCAUUGGAAAGUACCAAUAAAACAGAAAACAGAAGCAAAAUGGGAUCAGCCUUCUCCGUGGUGGCUUCAGUCGCUAUCCUCCGUAGCACAGUUAACGAUAUUGUCCCAGAAGAAUUACGCACCUACUUCUGGAGUUUCACUCGCCGUUUCUCCACUGAGAUCACCAUCUCCAUCAAAGAAUCCCAUGAAGGUUCAAGCAACCGUCUCUUCUACGCCGUUGUCGCCUACCUUGACGGCCAUGCUUUGUCCAACUCCGCUCUCCCUCAGCGUCUAACCGUCGGCAAAAGCGAAAAAAUCCGAAACUUGAUGUUUGGCCUCGAGAGAAACUCCGAGAUUGUGGACAAGUUUCAAGAUGUCCCCAUGAAGUGGAAGUACAACACUGAUUUCAACUCCACCUCGCAGUUGGAGACCAGAUGGUACGAGCUUAGGUUUCAUAAAAUGCAAGCAGAAAUGGUGAAGAACAAUUACCUUCCUCAUAUUCUCGACAUGGCGAAAUUCUUGAAGGACCAAAACAAGAUUGUGAAGUUUCACACAGUGAGACAUGACCGGUGGAGUUCGAAUAGGAUGAAUCUUGACCACCCCAUGACGUUUAAAACGCUGGUUAUGGAUGGUGAUUUGAAGGAGAAAGUGGUGAAGGAUCUUGAUAGAUUUCGAAAUGCAAAAGAGUAUUAUAAGACGAUUGGGAAAGUUUGGAAGAGGGGCUAUUUGUUAUAUGGUCCACCAGGGACUGGGAAGUCCAGCUUGAUUGCUGCAAUGGCGAAUUAUAUGAAUUAUGAUGUGUAUAAUAUGAAUUUAUCGGCUGUUAACUCUGAUUCUACUCUUGAAAAUUUGUUGCUUCAUGUGCCUAGCCGUUCCAUUCUUGUAGUGGAGGAUAUUGACUGCUCUAUUAAGCUAACAAAUCGUGAAGCUGAGAAGAGUGAAUCUGAUUCCUAUAGGGGUCCUCAGGUGACUCUUGCCGGACUUCUGAAUGCAAUUGAUGGACUGUUGUCAUGCUGUGGAGAAGAAAAGAUCACAGUUUUCACUACUAAUUAUAAAGAAAGAAUUGACCCUGCCUUACUGCGACCAGGGCGCAUGGAUGUGCACAUUAACCUCUCCUAUUGCACAUUAUCUACCUUCAAGCAGCUUGCAGCCAACUACUUAGAGAUUUUCAAUGAUGAACUCUUUCCCAUUAUUGAAAAACUUACUGCAAAGGUUAAAGUUUCCCCUGCUGAUGUUGCAGGUGUGCUUAUGACAACCGAAAAUUCUAAGACUUCUCUUGAGGACUUGGUCAAGUUUUUGGAGAAUAAGGAAUCAGAAGACCGAUCCUCAGUUGCAGCAGAGCAAGAGAAUCACAACAACUCGAAUCAGAAAAUUCAACGUCAAGGCGAAGCUUUUAUUACCAAUGAGAUAGGUGAAUCGACAAAUGAUUUGAUGAAGAAUGAAGCGUUAAUUUCUAAGUAUACGAUUAAGGAAGAACUUGUGGCUAUACUUAAAGCUAUGUUUUCGAAGCAUGGAGACAUUGCGGCCAACACAACAUUGCACUCUAUGCAAUGUACUUCAUCUUUCUUGGAGAUUCUUUGUGGGAUAAUCCAAAAGUUACAUGCAACCAAGCUACAAGAUUUGACAGAAGUUGAGGUGAAGGCGAUGAUCUCUGAGGUUGAAGAUCUUGAAUCGGUGAAAAUUGAAGUGGGGUGGCUGCAUAAGAGAUUGGAUGAGAUAAGCAAUGCAAUGCGAUUGAUUGAGUUGAAGGCUGUAUCCGAGAAGCUUUCUGAUACCAUUUUUGGUGCUCAGGUUAAACUCACUUGUUGCGAGACCAAAUCUCUGGUACAGGGACUGCUUUGAGACAUUAAUUAGAUAUGCAUUUAUGUAAUCAAAUUGGAGCAUGAUGUUUAAAUAUUAGCAGUUAAUUAAAUACAUAUCAUUAUGUAUUAA